AUGCAACCAAGAUCCAUAGCAUUAUUAGAGAAUAUUGAUUCUAUAGUAGAGAAUUUACUACAGAAAUUUCAAGAUAUAUUUGAUGUGGGGGUGAUUCAAGAUAAAUCUAAAGAAUUGUUGGCCAUAGAAUCAUUAGCUAUAGAAACUGAUGCCUUAUCAAUAAUAAAAUUCUGUGAAGAAUUGUUGACUAUAACGAAGGGAUUGAGAGAAUCAUGGUGCUUAGAUAGUAUCAAAGUUAACCCUGUAGAGAAUAAACAAUUGGAGCAAGAAGAAAUCAAUUACAUAUUUGGAAAGUUUAACCAAUUAACUGACAAGAUAGCAGAAAUAAAAUAG